ACACGUUGUAGUUCGUGAGGCGUCUCACACGUUUCUGUGUCGCUCUGUGAGGGUUCUUGAGGUUCCUGUCAGAAACACUGGAGCCUCUGGCUUGAAACUCUAAAUCCGUCUCAAGAUGACGGAGGUUGUGGAGGAGUAUGAGGAGUAUGAGGAGUAUGAGGAGGAGACGGUGGGCGAGAUGAGAACCUCGACUGUCACGGAGCACAAGAGCUCUCAGGCCCUGCAGGAUGGGUUGCCCACCAGGAAGGUCAGGAAGAAGGUCAAGGUGGACACCUCUAAGUUCAUGACCCCGUACCUGGCUCACAGCCAGAAGAUGAUGGAGCAGUACAGUCAUAAUAAAUACCGUCAUGCGUACGACGUGUCCAGAGGGACGCCUCCCGCCAUCAUCACGGAUUCACCUGAAAUGAUCCGCAUCAGGAAGGCCCAGGAGCAGCUCAGUGAGGUGAAAUACCGCAUGGAGGGCAAUAAGACUCGGACCGGCAGCCUGUAUGACGGCACGGCCAAAGAGGUGGUCCACGUGAAGCGCGUCUCCGACCUGAUCAGCAAGGUUCUGUACCGGCAGAAGUGGGACGAGACCAAGGACCGGUACCUGCUGCCGCCGGACGCCCCGGAGCUGGUCCUGGCUGUGAAGAACGCUGCCAACUACAGCAAAAAACUGUACACGAAGCUGUGGGAUGAAGAGAAGACCAUGUUCUACCCGUACAGCGACAGCCCGGAGCUGCGCAGGGUGGCUAAGGCUCAGGAGGUCCUCAGUGAUGUGAGUCUUCUGACUACAACCAGUUCAUAUUUCAAUUUAUAUUAA